AGAAAUCUCUUUCCUUCUAUGUGGGCAUAGAACAUUCUGAAACAGUAUUCUUCCCAGCAAACACAAGGGCUUUGAAAUGCUGCAUGAUAUUUAGACGAAGCACGUUCCUCUCUGGCGUAAGGGGCAUAAAUGUCACAUCAACGUUUUAGGCUGUGUUGCUGUUUCCUUGGUUUCAAACUGAGGGGAGAAGAAGCACCAGAGCAGAUAAGAAGUGUUUUUGAGAAUUACUCUGAUGAGAAUGGAAUCAUGACUGCUGAUAACUUACUUAAGUUCUUGAAGGAGUUUCAGAAAGAGAAUGAGGCAACCAUUGAGACAGCAGAAAAGAUUUUGCGCGAGGUGAAGCGUCUCAACCAUUUCCAUCACAAGGGUUUGGUCAUUGACGAGUUUUUUCGGUAUCUCCUUAAUGAUGAUCUGAACAAUGCCCUCAAAACAACGGUUCACCAUGACAUGAAUGCUCCCUUGGCGCAUUACUUUAUAUUCACCGGGCAUAACUCUUAUCUCACUGGAAAUCAAAUUUGCAGUAAAAGCAGUGUCGACCCAAUAGUGAAAGCACUUAAGAGAGGCGUGCGAGUGAUCGAAUUGGACCUUUGGCCUAAUUCAAAAAUGAAUGACAUCAUCGUUUGGCAUGGCGGGACCUUUACGUCUAAAGUUAAACUGAUUAAGUGUUUGAAAGCCAUCAAAAACUUUGCAUUUGUUGCUUCUGCAUAUCCUCUUAUAAUAACUUUUGAAGAUCACCUUAAAGCCGACCUUCAAGCUCAAGUGGCAAAGGUUGUUGUUCUUGUUGCUGUUGUUGUUAGAGUACGAUUUAACUUUAAACGAAUAAUGUCUGAAGAACCUCUAAAUGUGCAGAUGGUGAAACAGAUUUUUCAAGAGAUGCUGUUUUGUCCAGAAUCAGAUCUAACUGAGUUUCCUUCACCAGAAUCUUUGAAGGGAAGAAUAGUGAUUUCAACAAAGCUGCCAAGGAAAUACUCAAAAUCUGGGACUCUAAUUGAACCACAUACCAUAAAUGAGACCAUUUCUUCUAGAAAUGAACUUCUGUCGAUUCACGGGUCUCAACAUCUGCAAGCUGAAGAAAUUCUAGAGGGCAAUGCUGAUGAUGAAGAUGGACUUGAGAGAACUCCCGAAUACAAAAAUGUGAUUGCCAUCCAUGCUAGUAAGCUCAAUGGCAGUAAACACAAUUUACCCAGCCAUGAUCACAAAGUUACUCGUCUUAGCAUGAGUGAAGAAACACUUAAGCAUGUUGUGAACAUCCACGGGAGGGAACUUAUCGGGUUUACACAACGGAACUUCCUGAGAGUAUAUCCCAAGGGCAGUCGCAUUACAUCAUCGAAUUAUAAUCCUUUAAUAGGAUGGACGCAUGGAGCUCAGAUGGUUGCAUUUAACAUGCAGGGACAUGAAAAGCAUCUUCGGAUCAUGCAAGGAAUGUUCAGGGCUAAUGGUGGCUGUGGGUAUUUGAAAAAACCAGCUUUUCUAUUGGGCGACGGAGACUGUGGUGAAGUUUUUCACCCCUCAGCCUUGACAGUAAAAACAACUCUCAAGGUUAACAUAUACAUGGGAGAGGGGUGGCGCGAAGACUUCCACUUCAGACAUUUUGAUUAUUGUUCGCCGCCGGAUUUCUAUGCAAAGGUGAAGAUUGUAGGAGUGUCUUGCGAUCGCACGAAAUCAGAGAGAACAAAGAAGAUAGACGAUCAGUGGUUGCCAUCAUGGAAUGGGAAAGAGUUUGAGUUCCCAUUGCGCGUUCCUGAACUGGCAUUGCUUCUUGUUGCAGUCAAAGAUCAUGACCCUGCCGGAGGAGAUGAAUUUGGCGGGCAGACCUGCCUGCCCGUUUCUGAGUUGAAGACUGGCUUUCGAUGUGUUCCUUUGUAUGACCGCCGUGGUGACAAAUACUCACACGUCAAGCUCCUCAUGGGUUUUCAGUUUGUUUGAAUUGCUUUGUUUCUCUCUCUCUUUUUGGUUCAUUCUUUUCGCUCUACACUUGCAGGAGUUCUGCAUUUGUAUCUAUAUAAGAAUCCUUGAACUUGUUCAUAUGACCGGAUGAUAAUAAUUCUAUGAAUAAUGCUAAAAAUCAGUCACGUGUGCUCCUACGAAUGACAAUCAUAGAUGAUUUUAUUAUGGUCUGUGCCUGCAAAUGAUUGUCUUUAUGUUAUAAAUCAUCUGUUAUUUU